GUACCAACUUGUACCAUAACGACAUGUAACUUUCAACUCAUCAAAUUAAUAACAGAAGUUGCGAAGUUGCGUAUGUACUUCGUAUCUACAUAAUAUCUAAGAUGAGGCAAGAGCAACCUAGAUUCCAUAGCAACCUUCUGCCAUUCAUUCAAAACUGGACUCCUCUCUCUUCCGGUUUUGUGCUUUCUUUUGUAUCCCUCCUGUACGAACACAUGGACUCCUUAUUCCUAGGAGCAUCACGAUUCUUUUACUCACAAUUUGUAUCCUCUUAACUCCAUCAAUACCAUAUUAACUAGGUAUCCAGGGAUUCGUGCAAUGCUUGCCCGUGUAUAAGACUGUCUAGCCAGCAUGUUUACCCUUUCGUCUGUAUAUCCAACAGGACAGCCUAUCCGAAGUGUCGAGCCUCUCUUCGAACUGCCCCGCCAAUGUCCCGUCGAGAGAGCCAUCUUCGACAAAGUCACGUGUCUACGGUACUUAUUCUACAGCACCCAGUUCCUACGGAUCGAGGUCCCGGCCUAUGCCUAGAAUGUAGUUCUCCUCGGGAGUCGCAAUAGAUACAUCCAAGAUGCCACAGACUUAGAGAUUCAAAGUGGUAUAUGGGAUCUCUUCAAAUGUUGCAACGGCGUGUAUAGUCGGCGUGGGCCCGGAUGGCUGGGUACAGAGACAUUCUGGCGGGACGUUAAGAAGAAUCUAGCUAUGAUUCGUCAAUAUCACCAUGACCAAUCAGUUGCACAGAAAUACCUCCCCCAUAUCAUACACUUCUAUGCCAAGUCAAGGGAAGCUGCACAGCGGUAUCCCAUACCGCUCGAUUUUGAGGAAGCGAUCCACACCAAGUACUAUCUUCAGCGUGUUAUAGAUGAAUGGAAUCGGAAGACCUAUCUCCAGACAUAUUGGGACCCGCCGAUGGAAGGUGACUUAAUGAAAUGGAGAUGGGGAUAUAUCCUGAAAGACGGCUAUUGCAAAACGGUCCAGGCGGUGGAGACUGAACCCGAGGAGGAUGGAAGCUCAUCUAAACUUAGAAAAUUGAAGAGCCCUGUUAGCCCUGUUGCUCAACUCUCUAUGGAAAGCACAGCAUUGAGCCCUCAUAUCUUAUCACUUAGCAACAGCUCCGUCGCCUAUAUUAACGACGAUAAUGAUAUCAAGUCUGGUGGAGAGUUGAUCAAGUACAAUGAUUCGGAGAAGAAUACAGAUCAGAUCAGGCCAUCAGUAUCAUCUGAGUCAUCUCGUAUCUCGCCAAAGAGGAGGGAGGAGGAUACACGCUUAAUGAUCCGAUUCCGACGUUUCAAGAACAAGCUUGUUGGCAAUUGGAAUAAGGGGGGCUUAGUCUUCAGAUCGUUAAGGAAAUGAUUUGGCAAGCGGAGUUUUUAUUGAAUAAGUAGGUAGGUAGAAGCGAUGCUUUUCAUGGUAGGGUAGGUAUUCCAAUAUUUGUCAUUCAUGACUAACAUUAGCUCAAUAACAAUUCAAUCCUUUCAAUUAUUGAUGUGCUGAAGUACAGGCUUGCUCUUUUAGUGUUAUGUUUUAUGAAGACUUAUGAGUAGGGCAG